AGUGACGUCACUGAGUGGCAGCACGGUGGCUCUGUGGUUGCAGACUGAGCAGAGAGGCUGAAGAUGGGAAACGCUCAACCCACAGUUGUUCCUUAUGAGGAUUUCGAUGUGGUGGCAGAUAUCAAAGCCAUUCGCAAAGCCUGCAAAGGCAUGGGCACAGAUGAGGAGGCUGUCAUCUCCAUCCUAGCGAACCGUUCUGCAGCGCAGCGGAUGGAGAUUAAGCAAGCAUAUUUCGAGAAAUAUGAUGAUGAGCUGGAGGAGGUGCUGAAGAGCGAGUUGACGGGAAACUUCGAGAAGGCCAUUAUAGCCAUGCUGGACCCGUCUCACAUCUACAUAGCUAAAGAGCUGAGGAGGGCCAUGAAGGGGGCGGGGACUGACGAGGACAUCCUGGUGGAGAUUCUGUGCACCUGCACCAAUCAGGACAUUCUGAAUAUCAAGGAGGCGUAUGCCCAGGUACAUGAGCGCGAUCUGGAGGCUGAUAUAGAGGACGACACCAGCGGAGACGUCAGGAACCUGUUGGUUUCGCUGCUGCAGGCCAGCAGGGACGAGAAUUAUGAGGUGGACGAAGGACUGGCUGAGCAGGACGCCACGUCACUGUUUGAGGCCGGAGAGGGCCGCUUUGGCACGGAUGAAUCCACCUUCACCUACAUCCUCACCCACAGAAACUACCUGCAGCUUCAGGCCACCUUUAAAAUCUAUGAAUCGCUCUCUGGAACAGAUAUCCUUGAUGCCAUCGACAGCGAGGCCACCGGGACGUUGAAGGACUGUUACAUUACUUUGGUUCGUUGCACUAAAAACCCGCAGCUGUACUUUGCCCGUCGGCUCAACGCAGCGAUGAAGGGGGCAGGGACGGACGAGGACACUCUCAUCCGAAUCAUUGUGGGACGCUCCGAGGUGGAUUUGGAGACCAUAAAGGACAUGUAUCUGGAGAAAUAUGAUAUGACCCUCAAGGACGCCCUGAGCUCGGAGUGCGGCGGAGAUUUUAAGCGCCUCCUGCUGGCCAUCCUGCACUGAGUUCUCUCUUCAGAGGUCCCGCCAUUGACCAACAUGACCACGAGACCCUCUGACCAACACUGCCUACAGAAACAACACUAACUAUGCACUCAGUCUGAACCUAAUCCACAGAACACUCUCUCCGUUUCCUCUGUUCAAAAGUCGGAAUCACUUCUCAUACACAGUCGUAUGCAGAUGUUUGAGCACCCCUGGUCAAAUAACAUGGUCUGUUGAUUUUUAAGUGUAAAUAUUUGAACACAUCCUCUGCAGAGAACACACUUCUGCACAUUUAAAUAUAUGUUUAACAGAUUGGAAAAAACAUAAC